AUGGCCUCUGCGCUCUUCUUCCUCGACCUCAAGGGAAAGACCCUUCUGGCAAGGAACUACAGAGGAGACAUUCCCAUGUCCGCCGUCGAGAAGUUCCCCAUACUCCUGAGCGAAGCAGAAGAAGAAAGCUCCUCGGUCCCGCCAUGUUUCUCAGACGAAGGCAUCAACUACCUCUACAUUCGACACAACAACCUCUACCUCCUUGCCCUCACGAAACGGAACACCAACGCCGCCGAGAUCCUCCUCUUCCUGCACAAAAUUGUCGAGGUGUUCACCGAGUACUUCAAAGAGCUAGAGGAGGAAUCGAUACGGGAUAACUUCGUCAUCAUCUACGAACUUCUCGACGAGAUGAUGGACUUUGGACACCCGCAGACCACCGAAUCCAAGAUCUUACAAGAAUACAUUACACAGGAAUCGCACAAGCUGGAGGUCCAAGCACGGCCGCCUAUUGCAGUCACGAAUGCCGUCUCCUGGCGAUCGGAAGGGAUCAGAUACCGUAAGAACGAGGUCUUCCUCGAUGUCGUCGAAUCCCUCAACCUGCUCGUUUCCUCGAACGGCAAUGUACUGCGGUCUGAGAUUUUGGGUGCAAUCAAGAUGAAGUGUUAUCUGUCUGGAAUGCCCGAACUCCGUCUAGGUCUCAACGACAAAGUCAUGUUCGAGACCACCGGCCGGGCGACUAGAGGAAAGGCUAUUGAGAUGGAAGAUGUCAAGUUCCACCAAUGUGUGCGCCUAUCGCGAUUCGAAAAUGACCGCACCAUCUCCUUCAUUCCUCCCGACGGGGAGUUCGAGCUCAUGUCCUACCGCCUGAACACGCAAGUCAAGCCGUUGAUCUGGGUUGAGUGUAUCGUGGAGUCGCAUUCUGGGAGUCGGAUCGAGUACAUGCUGAAAGCCAAGGCGCAAUUUAAGCGACGGAGCACGGCGAACAAUGUCGAGAUUACGGUUCCGGUGCCAGAAGAUGCCGACUCCCCGCGAUUUAGAACGAACAUUGGAAGCGUCCACUAUGCGCCAGAGAAGAGCGCUAUCGUAUGGAAGAUCAAGCAAUUUGGAGGUAGCAAGGAGUUCCUGAUGAGGGCCGAGCUGGGACUACCGAGUGUGAAGGGUGACGAUGAGCACGGCGGUGGUAUGACGGGCGGGUUUGGCGGCAGUAUGGGGGGAAUGGGUGGAAAGGGCGCCAAGAGACCGAUCAGUGUGAAGUUUGAGAUUCCGUAUUUCACUACGAGUGGAAUUCAAGUGCGGUACUUGAAGAUUAUUGAGCCAAAGCUGCAAUACCCCUCUCUACCCUGGGUUCGCUAUAUCACACAAUCCGGGGAUAUCGCAGUCCGGUUACCAGAUGUUAGCUGA